AAAGAACGUGAUCCUCGUGUCGGUGUCUCUAGAAUCACUUUUUUGGUCCUAACUACUAAGAUCUGAACUUUUUGUUAUCUCCAAACCUUUUCAACUUAGAAAAAUGCUCAGGUGGUUAACUUUGUUUCUCUUGGCAUUAUGUUUUCUCACAACGUCUUCCUCGGCGAGAUCCUUCAUCACCAUUAAACCUCAGCCUAUUGAUUCGUUUCUACCUAAACCACAGCUAGAGAAUGCGGGUGGGUGUUCUUACACGGUGAUCAUUAAGACAAGCUGUUCCUCGGUGUCUUACACCAGAGAUAAGAUCAGUAUCGCGUUUGGUGAUGUCUACGGCAACCAGGUAUACGUGAAGAGACUAGACGAUCCACACUCGAGGGCAUUUGAAAGAUGUUCUUCGGACACAUACAAGAUAACAGGACCGUGUAUGCAUGACGUCUGUUAUCUCUACCUACUCAGACAAGGAUACGACGGCUGGAAACCAGAGAACGUCAAGAUCUAUGGCUCGUACAUCAGAUCAGCCACUUUCUACUAUAACCUCUUCUUGCCUAACUCUGUUUGGUACGGCUUUAACGUCUGCAACGGCAUUGCCAAGUCUUCUCAGCCCAACAUUGCCUCCGUUGCAGCUAUGUAAAACUGAAGAGAAGCAAUCUGUUUUGAGUGUAUAUGUGAGAAGAAAAAACAUGUAAUUUUAAAGUUAAAUAACGCUUUAAAUCAAAUAAAUGCAAUGUGUGGUUUACAAGGACU